AGUAGCUCCUCUCUCCUGCUGCCCUGCUCUGUGAUAUCUCUGCAGAGCAAAAGCUGUCCGCCUGAGGAAUUCAACGGGAGUUGCAGGCGAAAAAAAAGAAAAGGAGCUGGCUUCUUUCACAGGAGGUGCAAGCACUGUGGUCUCAGGCCCCAUCUGCCCUCCCUCGUCCUCCUCCUGUCUCCUGUCUGAGCCCUGCACCUGUUGUGACUCGUCAGCCAGGUGAAGAGGGAACCUCUGGUCUUGCGCUGUUUUUUCAGCUGACCGUAGCUGCGGGGCAAUUAGGAACCCAGUCCAUUCAUUUGUCUGGAUUGCUGCUUUUGCUUUGCAUCCCUCUAUCUGUGUCUCGCUCUGAAAACCCACCUCCCUGCAUAUCCCCACCCCCCUCCCAGUCCAUCUCCGUCUAGCCCAGUCUGAGCCUGGCCGACGCUGUGGCUGUGAGUACGUGUGGAGCUGAAGACGUUUCCGUGCAGGAGUGAAGGUGUGGAUCACAUUGCACAGGGGUGGAAAGUGUAAAAAAAAACAGAAAAAAAGUAGUUCUUUCUGGUGGAGUUGGAUUCAACAUUGAACGACUGGGAGGGAAAAGAAAAAAAAACAACCUACAAACCAAAGAAUUCUGCAGUUGGAAGACCAGCAGGUAUGAAGAGUCAGACUGCUGUUGUGUCUGUGGCUCUGCUGGCUCUGUGCUGCCUGCUGAUCCCAAGAGGAGGGCACAGUGCUGGGGGGAUAGUUUCUCUGCGGCUGACUGGAGGGGAGAAGCAGCGAGACGAGUCCCUGGAUGACCCGGAGAGUGAGCAAGGACUCACAGGGGACCCACACCCACUGGGAAGCAGCAUCGAGGACACGAGAGACACGGAGGAGGUUCCAGUGGUUGGCAGGGUGAGGAGAGCCCCAGAUGAAGGCAAAAAGAAGAAGAAGGACAAGAAGAAGAACAAAGAGCCAAAAGUCCCCAAAGCCACCAAAAAGCCUAAAACUGACAAGAAGGGAAAGAAGAAGGACAAGCUGACAACCACAACUCAACCCCCAACCACGACAGUGAUCCCCACUGAACCACCGACGGAGCCUGAGCCAGACACACAAUACAGCUAUCCUGAUGCUGACAAUGAUUACUGGAAGCCGGACGAUGACUACUGGGACGCAGUGCCCACGACACCCAGGUCCCAGCCCGAGGCCCCGAGCACAGAGCUACCGUACGACUACGGGAAGCCGGAGGAGGAAGAACCCGCUGCCCCAGCAACGGACCGGAAACCAGAGGAGAGCGAGCCGUCCGCGCCGCCGCCCGCCACCUACGACGACUACUGGGGACCCGAAGCCACUCCGGGGCCCGCCGCCUACGACGACUACUGGACGCUUGAAGACAAAGAACCGUAUGAUCCUGUGACUGACAGCUACGACAGCUACUGGAAAGAGGCGGACCCGACGCCGCCUGCCCCCGAGGCUGAUGGGAAGGCUGGGGCAGAGGACCCCGAUUACUGGGACGCCACGUUUAAGGGGCCAGAGAAUCUUCCAUUCCCUAAUGGUGAAGAGGUCAGCCCUGAAAUCAGAGUAGAAACUCUACCAGAGGAACCCACUGCUGCUACCACUCAUGAGGGAACCUGGUACGAUGAUUACGACGAAUAUGGAAUGAGGAGGAAAGAAGACGAGACUGACGAUAAAUGGAUGGAAAAGGAGAGAGAGAGAGCAGAAAAGGAAAGAGCAAGGGAAGCUAAAGAGAGAGCGCAGAAGCUGAAGGAGGCAGAGGAGCGCGCCAGGAACAGACCACAUGUCUUCAAAGAGCCAAAGAAGUGUCCUCCCCUGGGGAUGGAGUCCCGUAAGAUUGAGCCGGACCAGCUCUCAGCCUCCUCUUCGUCUCAGUAUUAUUUUGCACCUCAGAGGGCGCGGCUCAACAUGCAGGGUUCAGAUGAUGAAGAGAACAUGCGAGGUGGAGCGUGGUGCGCAAACUCCGAGGACAGAAUCCACUGGCUUGAGAUUGAUGCUCGCAGGGAGACGGAGUUCACGGGCGUCAUAACGCAAGGACGGAACUCUUUGAACGAGAGUGACUAUGUGGAGUCCUAUUUCCUGGCCUUCAGCAACGACAGCAGGGAAUGGACCACCAUCCACGAUGGGUACAGUGACUGGUUGUUCUUUGGAAACAGCGAUAAGGACACUCCAGUGAUGAACCAGCUGGCACAGCCUGUGCUGGCCCGCUACAUGCGGAUCAUCCCUCAGAGCUGGAACGGCUCUCUGUGCAUGAGGCUGGAGGUCCUCGGCUGCCCCCUACCCGAUCCAGUGGAUGUUCACUACAGGCAAAACGAAGUCACUCCAGUGGAUUACCUGCAGUUCAAACAUCACAGCUACUCAGAGAUGGUUUCAUUCAUGAAGUCAGUGAAUUCGGAGUGUCCCAACAUCACCAGCGUCUACAGCCUGGGCCGCAGCUCCAAGGGACUGGAUAUCAUGGCCAUGGUCAUCUCUGGAAACCCCACGGAGCACGAAAUAGGGGAGCCAGAGUUUCGCUUCACGGCUGGUCUCCACGGAAACGAGGCAACGGGUCGGGAGAUGAUCCUGCUUCUCAUGCAGUACCUGUGCAAAGAGUACAAGGACAGAAACCCCAGAGUACAGCGGCUGGUGGAGGGAAUACGCAUCCACCUGGUGCCAUCGCUCAACCCUGACGGACAUGUGGAAGCUUUUGAAGCGGGUUCAGAGCUGAGUGGAUGGACCACCGGACACUUCACCGAGGACGGCUUUGAUAUCUUCCAGAACUUCCCUGACCUAAAUAGUAUCCUGUGGGAUGCUGAAGAUAAGGGCAUGGUGCCCAAACUCACCCCAAACCACCACGUGCCCAUCCCGGGGAACUUAGAGACCAAUCGCUCGAUCGCUGUGGAAACUAAGGCCAUAAUCUCCUGGAUGAAAAGCCAUCCGUUUGUGUUGGGUGCAAACUUCCAGGGCGGGGAGGCAAUUGUAGCCUACCCUUAUGACAGCUUACGUCUCAACAAGCCUACCGAGAGCCAGAAGCCCCACAGCCGCAAGAAGAGACAGUAUGAAGAAGGAUAUGAUGUGACAGAGUGGGGAAGAGGCUACAACGAAGAGCCAGAGGAAGACUGGAGAGGAAGAGGAUAUGCAGAGCCAGAGGAGGAUCGGAGGGACCAGGGCCAAGAACGUGGCUACGACGAAAACCAAGGCUACGAACGUGGCUACGACCAGAACCAGGGCUACGACCGUGGCUACGACCAAAACCAGGGCUACGACCGUGGCUACGACCAAAACCAAGGUUACGAACGGGGCUACGACCAGAACCAUGGCUACGACCAUGGCUACGACCAGAACCAAGGCUACGACCGUGGCUACGACCAGAACCAAGGCUAUGACCGUGGCCACGACCAGAACCAAGGCUACGACCAGAACCAAGGCUACGACCAUGGCUACGACCACGGCCAUGGAUAUGGCCAUAGAGAGGAGGAAGAGGAUGAUAGAGGAAGAAGCGCCGGCUACCAGUACUCUGAGCCCGAUGAUGAGCCUCGGGUGGUGGCAGACGAGUCCCUCUUCAGGUGGCUGGCUGUCUCUUACGCGUCCACACACCUGACCAUGACACGCAACUUGUACGGCUCCUGCCACGGAGACACCGCUGGAGGGACGCACGGCAUCGUCAACCGAGCCAAAUGGAAGCCAAUCACAGGAAGUAUGAAUGACUUCAGCUACCUGAACACCAACUGUUUUGAGUUGUCCAUAUUCCUCGGAUGCGAUAAGUUUCCCCAUCAAAGUGAGUUGGCGGGUGAAUGGGAAAAGAACAGAGAAGCGAUGAUUAUCUUCAUGGAGCAGGUGAAUCGUGGCAUCAGAGGCAUUGUAAAGGAUCAGCUGGGGAACCCUAUUGCAAAUGCCACUGUGUCUGUAGAUGGGAUAAACCAUGAUGUCACCACAGCAACAACAGGGGACUACUGGCGGCUGCUCAACCCGGGAGAGUACCGUGUGACUGCUCGAGCUGAGGGCUUCUCCCCUGUGACCAAAGUCUGUGUGGUGGGUUACCUGUCAGGAGCCACAGCCUGCAGCUUCAACCUGGCCAAGUCCAACUGGGACCGCAUUAAACAGAUCAUGGCCCUCAAUGGUAACAAGCCAAUUCGACUCAGCUAUGCCAACAACAGAGAACAGAAACCUGCGAUUGCAAACGGUAACAAGCGCGUGGUUGAUGGCGUCAAUGGGUCACCGAAUUCACAAUUCAACACUGAGCGGCAGAGGAAGCUCAAAAUAGCUCGUAUCCGUCGCCUUCGGCAACAGCGAUUGCUAAAGUUAAGAUCAAUGACGACGUUGCCCCCGACAACAACAACCACAAUUCCCACAACACCAGAGACCACCACAUCCUGGUAUGAAUCGUGGGUCACAGGGGAGGGACAGAGUUCGACGCCUGGCGGUUUCACAGACUCCAUCCUGGAUUAUAACUAUGAGUACAAGAUUGAUGACUAUUAGGUUUUAAAGCACACACAGCCCAUACAGUGAAGGGUACUUUCCUUUGAGGUAGUUCUCGUUGCCGUGGUGUCCUCGGAGCAGGAUGAUAAUGAUCAAAUGAGGAAUCCUGUUUCGUUGUGCAAGCAACGGCAAUUUAAAGAAUAUAAAAUACAUAGUUGUACAAGGAUAGUGUAUCUAUUACCUAAUAGAAUGUCUCCUCACAGAUACUCACCCUGUUCAUUAUGCUGGUAUUUCCAUUAGGCGGUUCAAGCUGCCUUUUUCUGACUUGCUAUUCAAUUGUUUUGCUUCAUGAAGUUGUUUAUUGUGGAUGCACAUACAAAAAAGUUGAGUUGUUUUAAUCACCAAGGCAGACAUACGUUUUACAGUAUGAAUGGUCACUGAAGGUUCAAAAAACAUUUGUUCAAACUUGGUCUUGUUGACUCACACAGCUGGAGUACAGUCACUUUUUCAAAUAAAGGCUUGUUUACACACAA